GCCCAAAUCCAAUCUCUGAACCCAACAGCUGUUUCAAAAGGGAUUAGAAAAAAAGAAACAUUAUUCCCUGCAUUUCUUUCUGACCCCUUAUUUCAAAUUGACGGCUUCGCUGCUUCAGUCUUCCAUUCCAAGUCGUCCUCCGUCAAACCGACAGUGGUCGGCCGCGAGAUCCGGAGAUGUCGAACUCCCCCACAGAAGGAGGGUGCCGCCGGUGCUGCUGCAGCUUCAUCCUGACGGCGGGGCUCACUUCCCUCUUCAUGUGGCUGAGCCUCCGCACCUCCAAUCCCGUCUGCUCCAUCCAGGCCUUCUACGUCCCCGCCCUCAACAAAAUCGCCGUUAAUUCCGCCGCCAACCACUCCGUCUUCUUCGACCUCAAGCUCGACAACGAGAACAAGGACAAGGGAGUCCUUUACGACGCGAUAAACUUCACCCUCUCCUACCGGCCCCCCAACGGCAGCCGCCCCAUCGCCAUAGCCAACACGACCUUCCCCAAGUUCCGGCAGGGCCACAACAAGCACACUCACCGGAAGCCGUCGCUGGAAACGCACGGGAUGCCGUGGGAGGCCGCUCGGAACUGGUCGGGGGUGGUUUUCCGUGUGGAUUUGGCGACGAGGGUGAGGUUCAGGAUCAUGUUCUGGAAGACGAAGAGGCACAGCCUGGUCGUCGGCGCCGAUGUCAACGUCACUGACUCCGGCGUUAAAGUCAAUCGGAAGGGGAUUCGGCUCCGGUCCGGCGCACCCGAGCCGCGUACGCAAUCAUUGCCUUUGGUGAUCGCCUUUACCUUUUUUACCUUAAAUUUCAUUAUUUGAGUCUCUCUCUGUUUAACCUUAAAUUUCAUUAUUAUUCCUCAGUUGGGGGGGGGGGGGCAAUGCCUUUGGGCCGCCCCACCAUUCAGAUAUUUUUUAUCUAGGCAUUUUAUUAUAAAAUAAAAUUACUAAUUUAGAUUAUUAUAAAAUUAAAUAUCAUUUCUUUUUUCA